CCUUACAAUAUGUUAAACAUGAAGUUCAAUCCUAUUUUCAUCAAUAUGAAGAUGUUUUUAAAAAAUAUAAAACUUCUUUAGAAAAUAUAAAAGAAUUUGCAAAAGAGAUAGCGAACAUUGAAAAAAAUUACCAUUUCUUUUAUCCUUAUAGGCAUGUAAAAGAAAAAUAUGAAAGAUUGAUAAAAGAACAUGAAAAUUGUGAAAAAAGAUUGAAUCCAAUCUUGAUAAAAAUUUUAAAAACUAUUCCUACUGAUGAUAAAAAUGAUGCUAUAUCCAAAAUUGAAAAGAUUGUCGAAGAUUUACUUAAAAGUUCUUCUAUAGAUAUCGUCACUAUUCCACGUAUCGAUUCUUCUUUAUUACUUGAUCCUCCUCUUAUUGACGAUGUAGAUCUAGCCUGUGAACUAUUCAGAGGUCCAUGUAGUUAUUUAGAUGAUGAUGCUCCCAUGAGCACUAUCGUACGAAAGGUUUUUAAACGUGGUGUGGAAGUGAUGACUUACUAUAUGGAACCAAAGAUCACCAAUUUUUAUCUUGCAAAACAUGCUUCGGAAAUAGGCCUUAGUAAUGAUCAUAUAUCGGAAUAUAUAUCGAGUAUUAUUAAUUGGGCCGCUCCUGAAAUGAUGCAAGAGAAACAUUUAUAUACACGAGAAUGUGAAAUGGCUUUCCAAAGAAUGCCUUACAAAGACAAGAGUGAAGAAGAAAUUAGGACUCUUGUUACUCAGAAUCGUAGAGAAUCUCCUGAUCCGCCGUUUUAUUCCUUGGAUUUCCUUAAUAUUCAAAGGAAAUACUUGAGAGUAAUUGCAGAAGAAAAAAGAAUCAAGAUGGAUGAUAUUCUACUAAGAUUUUUAGAUAUCGAAACUGAACUUACUAAACCCAAGAGAAAUAAUUCCUCAUGUUCUGCUAAUUCAUCCGAUCAACUCGAUCAACUUCCAGGUCCAAAUAGUCGCGUUAGAACUUAUUCAUCUCCGCCUAAUCCUAAUCAACGUUAUAAAAAAUAUAUGAAUCUUCAUAAUGCUAAUCGAAGUAUUCUAUCAAAACGACGUGAAGGUGCUGAUUCUUAUCUUCAACCUGUACUUACCGAUACUUUGGCUCAAUCUCCUACCAGUUUUUGUUUUCCUGAAAGUGCUGAUGAACAACCAUAUUUUACUACUCAAACCCCAAGAUCUGCCUCAUUCGCUUCAAAUAUGUCUUGUAUUUCUUCAACUUCUGAUGAUUUAUAUGAAACUGCUCAUAGUACUUUAAAUAAUUCUUAUCAAGUUAAUGAUCCUUCAACUAGUACUUUGAAUUAUAAAGUUACUUCUCCUCCUCCUAUGACUGCAAUUGAUGAAACUGAUGAAAUUUCAAAUUCUAAUGCUAUGAAUGAUUCGAUUGAUAAUGUAAAUGAAAUUAGUCAUUUAAAAUCGUCAAACGCAAGUACUCAAUCAAUUGCAUUAGAAUCAUCGAGCAAAGACGACGUUCCUAAAUCAUAUUAUAUCUCGAACCCAUUAAAUGAUGAUGAUAACUCGAAACCAUUAAAUGAAGAUGAUAGCUCGAAACCAUUAAAUGAUGAAGAAGAUGAUGGCACGAAACCAUUAGAUGAAGAUGACAAAGAUUCAGAGAAUGAUGAACCAUCGGAAGCCGAAACCGAAGAUUUAAGAGUUAAACAAUCUGUGAAACCAAAAGCUCCAUCGGUUAAUAUACCAAGUUCGAUUAAUAAAAAUUUAGGUUAUGGUUCAAUUAUCAAAUCUCAAAAAUUCCAAUUUUCUACUACUUUCCCUUGUGCUACUCCAAAACCAAAAAUGAGAAUUUUGGAUACAAAAUUUCAAGCAAAAUUAAUCGUUUCUUCGAAAUCUAAGGAUUCCUUUUUAUUAGAAAAUAAUAUCGAUUCCCUUGCUAUUGAUGUGAAUCACCUUGAUUGGGUAUCUAACGCGGAUCCUUUAAUCAACAAAUCACAAGUUAACGAUAUUUAUUUGGAAAUAAAAUGUAUAAAAGCCGAAAUCAUUUUCGAGAAAGGCUCCAUGAAACCUGAUGCAUUAUUUAUCGGUGCUAUUGAUCAUGCUUUAGAACAAAAAAAUCCUUAUCGUGAAUUGUUAAAAGUAUUCGAACAAUUUG